AUGAAAUUAUUCCAUAAGAAUCCAAUUGAUACUCAAGAUUUAUUAGAUGAACAUUUUAUAAGAACAGCCGAUUAUGAUCAAUUAGAAUCAACUUAUAAUAUUCAUAAAUAUUAUCCUCAAUUCUUUCAUAAUGAUGGAAUUUCAACUCCAGAUUUACGAGAUUUAAUUGUUGAUAAACCAAUUUAUAAAGAUGCUAAUAAACAUGUUAACAAUUCAAAUCGCAAUAAUAAUAAUAAUACUCAAGUUGCUACUAAAAGAAUGAUGAAGAAGAUGUUGGAUGCAAAAUGUGGAAGAUUCACUGAUGAAUUAGUUAAACAGAUUAAUGAGAAGGAUGUGGCAGAUAAACAGCAACAACCAAAAGAUGACGACAUAAAUAGAUUAAUGAAGUUUAAUGCAAGAGGAGGGAAUGAUGACUUCAUAUGGGAUAUUGGUCAAGGUCUUACAAUUCCCGAAAAUAAAGGUCUUUAUACUUAUUGUGAAAAGGAAAUAAUUCCAGGUGAUUUAGAAAGUGAAACUGAAGUUGAACAAGAUUCUCCUACUGAUAAUCAUAAUCAUUUCAUAUUUAAUGAUCCAUUUAAUGCUGGUAAAAGAUUAAAUCAUAAAUUAGAUUCUAAUAUUAGAGGUGGUAGAUUAUUAUCAUCCUCAUCAACUACAUUAAUUGGAGAAAGAACUGGUGGUGGUUCAUCAUCAUCAUCAUCAUCAAAAUUAUCAUUAUUUAAAAGUAGAUUCAAAAGAUCACUUAGUCAUCAACCUGAAGGAUUAUCAAAACCAUUGAAAGAAGACAAAAAAUUAAUAGUAUCAAGAGAUUCCAAGAAAUCACAAGCAACCACCACCACCACAGGUAAUACAUUAACUCAUAAGAUAUCUCAUACUAAUAAUCAUGAUCUUUAUCUUGUACCUAAUUUAAUGGAACGUUCAAAUAGUUUCGAUCAAACUAAAUCACAAAUUACUUUAAGAAGAAAAAUUAUUGAUAAAUUACAUGUUGGUAAGAAUCAUAAUCAUAAUCAUAAUAAUCUUAUUAUUCCACGGCAUUCAAGAAAACAAAAUGAAGAUAUAAUAGGUAUGUAUCUAUUUACUUUCAUGAAUCAUAUUGUAUUUUGUCAAAUCAGUUUAAUGUGUGUUUGA